GGGCGGGCGCUCCGCGGACGGUGGCGGCUCGUCUGCGUCCUCUGCGUCCUUGUGCGUCGCCAGCUGGCGGCCCGGCGCUGCCCAGCUUCAGUCCUGCGCGGGGCCCCGGAGCUCGCGGACGUGUCACCAUGAGCCUGACCCACAAACUGCGGGAGGUGAUGGCGGCCAUCAGCGGAGCCCCCGGCUUUGACAAGGUUUUGGAAAAGGUGACGCUGGUCUCGGCGGCCCCGGGGAGGGUGACCUGUGAGCUGCAAGUGGAGGAGGAGCACACCAACAAGCUGGGCACGCUCCACGGGGGGCUCACGGCCACCCUGGUGGACAGCAUCUCCACCAUGGCGCUGCUCUGCACCGAGCGGGCGCUGCCGGGCGUCAGCGUGGACAUGAACAUCACGUACAUGUCGCCGGCGAAAAUAGGCGAAGUGGUGGUGAUAACAGCCCAGGUCCUGAAGCAAGGGCGGACGCUGGCCUUUGCCUCCGUGGACCUGACCAACAAGACAACCGGGAAGCUGGUGGCUCAGGGCAGGCACACCAAGCACCUGGGGAGCUAGGACCCCGGCCGACACCCUGCCCAACAGAGCACGCAGCCGGCGGCAGCCGAGAACUCGUGUUUCAGGGGCGAGAGCAGCCAUGGGGGACAGCGGGCAGGGGCAUCUGUUUUCUGUCUUCCAUUAUAAGCCUCUUCAGCGUUAGCUGUGAACCUUAUGUAUGACACUGGGAUGAAAAGUUCUUCGCUCUGUGUUUUGAAAACGUUAAGGCAAAGAACAAACACCUUAAAACUGACAUCUAAUAUUAAACUAAAGGAGAAACAGAAAUUAAUGAUUAAUCUGGUCAAUCCUGCUCAGCUUUAAAAUGCCGCCUUACAUUUCAUUUUUUAACCCCCAUUUCAAGAUUAUGGAACUCCAGCCCUGGCCCAGUGGCUCAUUUAGAGUAUUGUUUCAACUUGCCAAGGUUUUGGGUUUGAUUCCAGUCAGGGCACAUACAAGAAUCAGCCAAUAAAUGUAUUAAGUGGAACCAGUCAAUGUUCCUCUCACUCUAAAAAUAAAGAUUAUGGAACUUCAAAAUAGGUGGGCCAUCACUCACACUGGAAAGCAGACUGAAUGAUGUGGCCUAGACUAACCCCCAAGAAAACUGGAGGCAAAGCACAGAUGGUACAAGAGCACACGGUGCUGCUUUUCUCAGGGUGUUACAGGACUGGCUUAUCCCCCAUUGGGGGCGGGCAUCCCGUUAGCCGCUUGACUGGUACCUAGAAUAAAACCCUGCAGGUUUCAGAUCUCCCAGACUGCACCGCAUC